AUAACUAACUGGUAUACAGAAGGUUCCGAGACCAACGCUAACAGAGCGAAUGGAGUACGAUCAAAGGGCGUGACCAACAUCUCGUUACAGCAUCCCGCCACGUGCAGGGGAUGUAAGGAAAAGUACUCGGUAAUACAAGAGCUCAUUGACCAUAGAAGAGACAGUGAGUACUACUGUGCUUUUACCGACGCACAUCUGCUAACGAUAGACCACAGAUCUAAUUUGUGGACCGCCUCUUGGUGUUAACGAUGUCUUACGACUCAUGGAGCGGGAUGCAAGAGACACAACGAAGCAGAAUCAAGGACACCAGAGCUCCAGCACAUCUCUAAACAAGUUUUCGGUCACUCCUAAGCUCUGGAGAAGGGAUAAUCGUGCUCAGGACAGCGUGGAAGAUGGAUCACGCACGAAGAAGAAUCUUGAUCGUUCUCAACAGCAGGAAUUUGGGGACACAGAGCUCCCCGAGGACAGCAAAUCAAUCUCAAACAUGCUCGAAAACGCGUCUAGAGCUUCCGAGGAAACAUCACAGUCAGCACUGCCAUCAGUGAAGCCAAACGCUGAGGGGAGGUACGAAUGUCCCCUUUGUUCGAAGGAUUACGCAGAAUCAAGAGGCAUGCAGAAACAUUGGCGGACUCAUCCCGUCUGUAUGAGAGAAGGUCAUCGUGUCGAUAGGGCUGAGUUCGAGGUUGAACGAGGAAAAAUCGCUUGCAAGGAGUGUGGAGCGCUUGUUUCAACUAAAGGCAUGAAAUCACAUGAUUCACAGCACCCGAAGACACGUACUUCAGGAGAUGUGGUAUACGGCCGUACAGCCUCAAGUCCAGGAUCGGGGAAUUUCAGGCCUUCGCCGAAAGAAAUUUCAAGUAGUGCCAAAAGGAGCAAGUCUCCAAUGAUCGAGACGAGGGUAGACGGAACAGACAGUGUGAAAAAAAUGAUAGGGAAGAAGCGGCGUCGUGCGGAGGACGACUCUGACGAUGAUUGGAGACCUCCACCAAGAGAUUUUUAACGGUUUUUUGCUUCAAAGAUAGUAUUGAAUAACACGAAAUGAACUUGUUCACUCUCAUGUCUCGUGACUUGAGUGUCGUCGAAGACCUCGGGAGGGCCAAACUCCAAACUCCAGAGCAAGAUGGGGAUAGAGACGGUGCAGCUAAAAAAGCUGAGCAAACAUGAAUCGCAAAACAAGGUGAGCAGAGUACCAAAGAGAUAUGAGAGCGAAAGAACACAAGGGAGUCUGCAAGGUCGCCAUCAGUCCGAAGACCCACGACGCAAAAGGGUGAAAAGACGCCAAAAGUGGGGAAGGAGGACAGCGAUUAUUUGGACUUCCAACCAGGCCAGUGAUAUUUGUUGUUCCAGGUAGAUUCGCAGACAUUAAUGAAGAUAUAACACUCUGAAAACUCUCAAGUGCCUCAUUGC